AUGGAAAAUGAAAGACAUCAAGAUUACAAUCACUUAGUAGUGUUAAUGCUGUUUUUCCUUGUAAAACUUUGAUGUUGCAUUGCUUUUUUGUGGUGAUAACAGUGAGUUUCAAUCUGUAAUUCAUAACACUGAGCUUUCCAUUAAUAUUAGUCAAGUAAAUGCCAUUAAAUGGCAGAGAGCGCAUUUAAAGGCAUAGUUCACCUAAAAAAAAUCUGUCAUCAUUUAUUCACUAUCAUGCAUGUAAACCUGUAUGUGACUCUUUUUUCUGUGCAACACAAAAGAAGAUAUUUUGAGAAAUGUCUUAGUGGUUUUGUGUUCAUACAAUGGAAGUCAAUGGGGUUCAGUGUUGUUUGGUUAUCCACAUUCUUCAAAAUAUCUUCUUUUGUGUUCUGAAGAAGAAAGAAACGCAUGCAGGUAUGAAAUGACAUGAGGGUGAAUAAAUACAUUUACGAGAUUUAAAAGAGAUUUCUGUGUGUAGUUGAGCAAUUGUUCACUUAAAUGUAUCUAAUACGUUUACCCGGUGUGUGUUAAGUCGCCACAGUUUUCCUCAGGAUGUACAGUUUCAUGGGAGGGGGUUUGUUCUGUGCCAUCGUGGGCAACAUCCUGCUGGUGGUCUCCACGGCGACGGACUACUGGAUGCAGUACAGGCUGUCGGGCAGCUUCGCUCAUCAGGGCCUGUGGAGAUACUGCAUGUCCGGCAAAUGCUACACACAGACCGACAGUAUCGCUUACUGGAACGCCACCCGGGCCUUCAUGAUCCUGUCUGCCAUGUCGUGCUUUGCUGGAAUCAUUGCAGGAAUUCUCUCCUUCGCUUACUUCUCCGCCUUUGAGAGAUUCAACCGUUCCUUUGCUGCAGGAAUCAUGUUUUUUGUUUCCACGCUCUUUGUUCUUCUCGCUAUGGCAAUCUACACGGGGGUGACCGUCAACUUCCUCGGAAAGCGCUUCGGCGAUUGGCGUUUCUCCUGGUCGUACAUACUGGGCUGGGUGGCUUUGCUCAUGACAUUUUUCGCAGGUAUAUUCUACAUGUGUGCCUACAGGAUGCAUGAAUGCAGAAGAGUGGCCGGACCUCGCUAGAGCCAAUCGAAGCAAACAUAGAUUGUAUAUUAAGGUGUGCAUGGCUUGGUUUCACAAACUGGGUUUAGAUUAAACCAGGAGUAGGUCUUAAUUAGGACAGUUCUAUCAUUCUAUUAAUGUGACUUGAAAUAAAACAUUUUGGCAAUUCCAGCGUUAUGGACGUGACAUUUUGCGUUAUGGACGUGACAUAAAAAUGCUCAGAGAAUGAAUUUGUUACGAUUAUAUUGAACCAUCUGUUUAUAUUUUACUGAACCCUUGUGAUAGAGUCUAAGCAUCAAAAAAUCAAUCUAUGAAAAAAAUAUAUAUUUAAAAAAGGGAAAUAAACACACGUUAUGGAUGUGACAAAAAAAAGGACGAUAAACUUUGUAGGAUUUCUAUAAAAUAAAACGCACGCCCCUGAAGCAAUAAUACCCAAUGAAUGGAGAAGGGCUGCCUCUUUAUAGAACAUAAAAUAGUUAGUUACUUUAUAUUCAUUUUCAUGUGUCCAUUUAUGAGGAAUAUGUAGCGUUAUGGAUGUGACAAUCCUGAAAAUGGCACUUACCUGACUAUGAAAAGUCAUGCACUAAAAAUAAAACAAAUGCUUUACAAAUUUGAAGAGAGAUCUCACAUGGGUAUUUGAACCACCAAAUGUUAAAAUCUGUAGUAAAAACUGCUGGUAAAAACUUGGUUUUUACCAGGUUUUAAGGUUGACAUUUUCGCGGAAUUGCCCAUUACUGGUGGGCAUCUUGAAACAAAACAAUGGCACUAUUUUAUGAUCCUCAGGUAAGAAAGCACAAAUACAUGAAUUUUAAUCUGGGAAUAAAUUGCCCUUAGAUCUUGUCUGUGAAACCAGGCCUGAAAAUGAGACCGCCAAUCUAAUCCUGUUUAAAAAGUGAAAGUAAUUGACACAAGAAGUUUGCAACGUUUCUUCAAUCUUUAUUCACCCUUACAUCUGAGAUGUAAUUAUAUUCCAUAAUCCAAAACUCAAUGAUGUUUCACGUACAGACACAACAUCUCAAAUAAAUGUUCCGAUUAU